UUGAACAUACACAACACGCCGGGAAAUCGUCACUUAUCAAUAAGCGUUGAACCAAUUUCGUCACCUAUCAGACUAAUUCACGCAUAACUCGAUACGGCAAAAAAAACUAAUUCAGUUGCAGUUCAACCGCCUAAAGAUGCCGAUCACGUUGUACUAUUCUCCAAUGAGUCCUCCGGCUCGUGCCGUUAUUCUACUGAUUAAGGAGCUCGGAUUAAACGUUGAGAUAAAAGCCAUCGAUGUUAGAGCUGGAGAGACUAGAACUGAGGAGUUCCUUCGGAUGAAUCCCGAGCACACCGUACCAACCAUAGAUGACAACGGGUUUUAUCUAUGGGAGUCCCGUGCCAUAUUGACCUACCUGAUCGAAAAGUUCCACCCUGGACACGAACUUUAUCCAAACAUACCGAAAGAGAAGGCGCUAAUUAAUCGCGUCUUGCACCACGAUUUAUCGUUUUAUGCAAAGAUCUCAGCUGUUCUAGGUCAGGUUUUUCGAGGUCUGACAUCGGUUGUAACUGACGAGAUGAAAAAUAGUGUCGUCAGUGCUUUGGGUGAUCUCGAGCUGUUUUUAAUUCGAAACGACUGGUUUGCAGGGGAAAAAGUGACAGUGGCUGAUUUAUCGCUACUACCAACGAUAGCUACGUUAGUGCACAGUGGAAUCGAUCUAUCCCGAUUUCCUCGGCUAUUCGCAUGGUAUGACAACUGCAAGGCAUUAAAAGGCUACCAGGAUGAUCAAGUGGCGGCUCAGCAGUUUGGAAACUUUUUCAAAUCUAUGGUCAAGGAGGGACUGUGAUGUUAUCACUGAAAAAACAACUUGUACAACAAAUGAAUCGACAUU